UGGUAGAGUCCACCAUGUCGUCACAGGAAAGCGACAUCGUCUCCGCCUCCACCAUCUCCACUACGGCGACCACCGGCGGCUGCCACCUGCUCAAAAUCGCCGGCUACUCGCAGAGCAAGCAGCUCCGCAAUGGCGCGAAGCUGCGAUCAUGCGAGUUCGAGGCAGCCGGGUGCUCGUGGUGCAUCGUGUACUACCCACGACCCUUGAAAAACACCGAGUACGUCGCCCUCGCCCUCAAGCUCACCACCGAGCGCGUCAGCCAGCCGAUCAACGCCACCGUCCGGCUCACGCUGGUCCCUCACCACGGCAAGCCGGCGCCGGCCACGCCGCACUAUCUUAGCCACCGAUCGAGCUUCGAUCACACGGGCGAUUUCUGGUUCUACCCGCUCAUCACAAGGGAGGAGCUGGAGAGCUCCGAGUACCUCGUGGACGACUGCUUCUCCGUCCGGUGCGACAUACAUGUCAUCAGCACGUCGGCGGUGGCGGACGAGGUCGUGCAGGCGCAUGACCUGGAGAGGAUGGGGCUGGCCUGCGCCUGCACGGACGAGCUUUGCACGCGCCGCCACGCGUCAAGCUGGGCCUUGGAGAAGGAGAAGCCUUACGCCUCGGCGUCCACGACGUCGGUGCAACGCCGGUCCGCGACGUCGGUGCAGGGCCGCAUUAAAUCAAUCUGGUUUCGCCUCUUCGGCCGUAAACAUUAGUUUUUGUUUCCAGGAAGUACAUGUUAGCAAUUUAUGAGUAUUAUACACGGU